AUGUGUCGACUCGAGCACUGGCUUUGCUGCAUAUGCGAGGACGCUUAUGUCGCCCUUAACUUCUUCUGUGGGGAUGUGGCUCCUGGAGCACCAGCCUGUUCGAACACGACCCGUUACGAGCGACAUAUUGUAGCACGCUACUGUUACUUCUGUUCUAACGUAAAUCAUCGCGGUGCCCCUGUGAUGUCAAGGACCAAAGAAUACCUCGAGAAUCUCGCGAGUCUGGAAGGCAUGAUUCGUGUGGCGGCCAGACCAGACCGAGACGAUGUUACUGUUUCGGUAUUUAGCAACUGGCUAAUGGGGUUCAAUGGCCCGACAAGCAUCCGCCCUUUCAAGGCAGGUCAUCCGGCAAUACAUAGCAAUUCCACGAAAGACCACUUCGCACGCAACCUUUCACCACCACAAAAGGUAGCCUCUUUCAUCCUUACUUCAUCUGAAAUAUCUCGGGCUAGCGCGUUCAACUAUCAAACUGCAAUCCUGUCGAACUUGACGGCUCAGCCAUGUUUUCGACCUCCUGUACCGAUCCCUGAACAAGGCCUUGUGGGCGGCCAGCCUGGUCGUAGAACCGACAAGGGAACCCGUCGCUGGUCAAAUAGGACACAUAGGAUGAUGUCUGCCGAGAUGGACCAGCAAGACUCGUCAUCUUCUCACCCAAAUCCAUCUCAUACAUCACCAAGGGAUGCUGUAUAUGCUUCUUGGGAGGACAGCAAUGAGUCCCGGGAUGCUGCCAAGCCAGAUAUCACUAUGCCCAACGAAAAGCAUUUGCCUGUAUCUCUUACUCCGGCCACUCCCGCCAAUAUCGAUGUUCUUGCGACAGCAUCCAGCAAUGACUUAAAAGGCAAGCAAAUUGUGACCCCGCUGGCCUCUGCUCCAACUUUCGCAGGUAAUGACACAAAACCUGCUACUGAUACUGUAGACCGCGUUGGGCAGCCUGUUGUCAUGAGCUAUACAACCGUGGCUUCCAGCACCCCGACUGCUUCGGUAGUAUCCAACAUUGAUACCACUAAGGGUAACAGAACCGACAAGCAGGAGGGCGGGAAACUCCCCGAAAUCCAAAGGCCCACCCGAUCACCCGCUGUUGUCCCGGUGAUUCCUCUUGUUCCUAUCGUUACAGCUAAGAUUCCUCGAGCGCCUGUUACAUCCCGAAUCGCAUCUAUCCCAGGAGCUGUUGCUACUCCGAUCGUGACUUCGACUGUGGCCCCGACUCAGACGAAAGCUAAAACUGCGACUCCAGCACCAAUUAGUCCACAACAAGUCGUCGUCGUAUCAGCCAAGGUAAACGUUGAGAAGGCCAAGGCUAGUACUGCCAAAUAUGCCACUCCUAAGGACACCGCAGCUUCUCAACGUGAGGAGGAUGAGCAAAAUGCACCUGUGCUACCCGAGACACAGAAGAAGCCCCUCCUCUAUAGCCAGGCAAUUGCUACCGGUGCCUCAUCCGGGGCUAUUCCUACCGGCCCCCGCGGUCACUCCAUAGACCACUCUAAGAGCCAGGACGAGCCGAAGAAGAAGGAUCUCGUCCAGAAGGGAUCGAAGAAUUCACGCCCGAAGAGUAAGGGGCAGAAGCAAAAACGUGGACAAAAGAAACAGCAGGAAGGCACGCAAGAACUGGAGCCUAAGCCGGCGCCUAAACCGGAGCCCAGACCGGAGCCAAAGUCGGGACAAGAGCUGGAGCACCAUCAAUUCCGACUACCAAGCCUAUCCUAUCGAGAUGCCCUUAAAGGCAGUCCGAAAAGCAACACUCUGCCCAGCUCGUCCUAA